AUGGAGGAUUAUGAUUGUAUUGUUAUUUUUAAAAGAUUGAUUUUGUCUUUAGUGUUUAUAUCUUAUUAUUUUAAUAAUCUCUUUUAUAGUGCUCAACAAAUUAAUAGAAAUGAAAGCUUUGGAAUUCCCAUUCAUCAAUAUUAUGGGGAAAAUUAUAACUCCUUCAGCUUCGGAAAAAAAAACCAAUUGAAAAUAAAGAAAUAUAAUUCCAAAGAAGAAAAAUUGACAAAUAAUAAGAAAAAAAGAGAAAAAUAGAGGACAUAUAAAGAAGAUAUUAAAAGGGAAUUCCUACGAAAGUAAUCUUCCUGCCUCAAAGCAUCAAGAGUAUGACUCUACAAAUACUACAAAGUGUUCAAGAUUUUCAUCGAUAUUGCGAGGACAAACAGCAAGGAUUGAUAAACUUAGAAGAAGUUUUACACAAGAUUCAAAUAAGACUUCUUAUAUUAGCUUUCUUCACAAAAACUUCAAUAUUGUUAGAAAAGAUGAUAGCAGAUAUUUGGAAAGAGCCAUGAUCUUUAGAAGGCAGGCUCAAAGUAAUCAGAAUUCUCCUGAGGCUAAGCACCCGAUAAGCCAGUUUAAUGGCAAAAAGCAAAGCAGUCGUGGAACAGAAUCAGACUUUCAGUAUAUAGACAAAUAUUUAGGAAUGAACUCUUCUAAUAUCUCUUUGAGUCAAGUAAAAUCAGAUGAAAAAGACAUAUUAAUCGAAAAACUAAAAUAUGAACUUUCAGAAAAGAACAAGACUAUAGACGAACUUAUGAAUGAGAAAAGAUCGCUACAGAGCCUUAACAGCUUUUUACUUAGAAGCAUUCCUCAUAAAGAAGAAUCCCCCAAAAUGAUACUAGGAAAUCUAAAAAGACAAAUAUAGUGUACAAAGAUCAAGGUAGAGAGGAACACAAAUCCUCUGAAGAGCAUGACUAUGAAAUACUGAUAGAGGAAAUUGAUGAUUCUUUUCAAGAAUCUAAUAACUUUUUGGAAAAUUUAGAUCCUGAUCAAACCAACAAAAACCAAGAUAAUUCGUUCCAUUAUGAAAAGAUCGAAUGAAGUAUGAAGUCAGGGCCUCCAAAUCCAACCAUUCAGUAUGAAUUCUCACAAGCAUCAGAUGAAGAAUCCAUUUCAGGUGCAAUGAAGGCACAAAAAGAUAAAUGGGUAUUUACUAAAGAGGAAAAAUAAGAGGCUUCUUGAAAUUGCUGAAAUAAAUAGAAACAAUCCUACAUUAAUGGCACAAAAAUUUAACAAAUUUUUGAAAGAAUCUCGUAAACAUUCAAGAGGGGAGAAAGAGAUCGUUAACGCAGACAUCCCUAAGAUUUUAAAAAUAAUCAACUUUGAACAACCCAAUAAAGUUAAGAAGAAGGCUACAAAGCAAAUUGUUGUACACUCAAAGAAAUUAGAAUUUUUUUUAAGAAGAUUUGGGAAUAAUAUUAUGUAUCAGAAAUCAGAAAAUGGUGAUAUAAACCAAAUUAUUGAUGCUCAAGUGAAUCAGUGCAUGUCCUCAAUAAAUGGUGAAGGAACAAGGUAUGCGGUAAAUAAAGAGGAGGAUAAAGAGCAGACUGAAUAUCUCUCUCAAAUCAAUAAUGACCAAGAUGAGAAAUCUAUGAGAUUAGGACCUUUACAAAAGUCAGGUACAAUUAAUGAAGGAAGCAAUGGGCUGAAAAAGCAGAUUACUAUUCAGAACCAGCCUAUUCAUAAGAUACUAACUGAGAAAGAAAAAGAUCAAAAUAUUCAUCCAAACAAUCUAGGAGAGAGGGAAGAUAGAAGUGGAACAUUAAGCUCAAAAGGACACUUUCAAGCGAAUUUGAAAUCAAAAAACGAUAACUCAAAUAAAAGCGAUAACCUUCAAAUGUUUGUAGAUGAGCAAGGUUACAGAGAUUAACCCCC